CUUCAACUUUUGUUUGGUUGACUUCUUUUAUUUAUUUAUUUAUUUUAUGUAUAUUCGUUCUUACUAAAAAAAAAAAAAAAAAAGGAAAGACACCUACCCACUUCUUACCAAUUUCUUAAUACAUAUACUAUGGCGACUAACAACAAGUUUUCGUCCAUCUUUAAAAACCGAGAUUUUGCCAUAACUCUUGGACUAGUAUCAGUGGAAUGUAUACUUAUUUGUAUUCUUGAAGGUUUUGUCGUAAUGAAUCACUUGAAGUUAGUUGGCAACUGUCAAAUGACUCCAGUUGGAAAUGGUGUCAGUGAAUCUGAUUUGAUUUAUCAUGGUCUAUUUAUUGCUAGUCAGGUAUUUCAAGUGAUUUUAUGUAUAGAUGCUUUAAUUCAAAGAAAUACUGCUCAUCUGAUGAUUUUAUUUUUUGUUAGAUAUGGUGGUAUUCAAUUACAACAACAUAUGAUAUUGGAAUCUGUAGGAUGUGGUGAUGGUGCUUGGAAACCUGUUGAACCUGCAUGGCCUGAUACUUUACUUGGAAAAGAAGCUGCUUUGGUGUUUUAUCGUGGUAAAAUGCGUCCUUUGGAAUAUGCAAUCAUUGGUUUGAUUCCCUCAUUCUUCUUGGCUUUAUCUUAUUUCGCUUGGAGAUUACGAAAACAGUUCGCUUGGGAUAAUUAUCGAAAUUUUUCCGCUGAUCUCAAAAUCAAAAAUGCCCUGAUCACUACCAGUUUAUUGAUGACAAUGUUGAAAUUAGAUUUUUACUUUGUAUUUUCAUUUGCUGCCCAAUUGAUUCCUUCACAAAAACUUGAAUACGAUGAAACAAUAGUAGAAACAGUACUUGUGUUUGUCCUUGGUGCUAUUGGUCUCUCUUUGGCUUUAUUAUCUGUACAAAAGGAAAACAGAUAUAUGAUGAUGCUUGUGAUGUUAGGUGGUGUUUUAUCUUUGUGUUACUUUAGUUACCGAUUAGCACGUAUUUGGGUUCCUCGAACAGCUGGUAGUGAUCCUUAUGAAUUCACACGAAGUUUUUUGACAUUUACAACGGUAGUGGCCAUGGUAUUGAUAGUCUUUACUCUUGCGAUAUUGGCAAAGAACCUAUGGAAUGUAUGGCACGGUAUCUUUGUAUUUAAUAAUUCGGCUCGACAUGUCAACGCAAAUAGAUACAAGGCUCAUGGGGUCCCGAUUGAUCAAGGUUCUGAAGAUAUGGAAUUGGAUGGCACCUAUCAUUAUGGAUAUAGUGAUAUGGGAGGUGAUAAUAAAACAGAAGAAAGUUAUAAUCAGUAUCAUCAUCAACAAGACCAAUCUUAUCAAACUUUGAAAAAGACUACUCCUGGUCAUCCUGAACAACAACUUCACCAAACUAACGAUAUGUAUGCCUUGUAGAUUUAGUUUUUUUGUUAUUAUUUUUAUUAUUAUUUUUAUUAUUGUUAUUAUUAUUAUUGUUAUUGUUAUUAUUGUUUUUAUUAUUCUUAUCCCCUUUAUGUGAAUGAUUCCUUUUUUUUUAGCUAGUUAAUUUGAUACCUUUGGAGAAUAUUCCCUGUGUAGUAAUGUUUUUAUUAUUAUUAUUAUUUAGUAUAUUUUACACACACUCUUUAUCUAUGUAUCGAUGUAUAUCAAUAAAAGGAAAUGAAACCUCAGUUUAGACGAAUCUAAUCUUUUUCC